UGGGUUAGACACUACGACUCUUUCCUAGGCUUUCUACGCCCCCCACUCCCUCUGCUCGCCAAAAUACCUACCCUAAGUCUGCAUCCCGACGCACCAACUUCCGCCCACUCCACUCGCCCCUCGGCCUGUCACGCUCUCCGGAAAAGGACACAAGGUCCCCUUCCCACUUACAUCCUCUUCUCAACCCCUGUUGUUAGGUUGUCAGAGUAGGUUGAAAAUCAAAACAAAGGCCAAAACAAGAACAUACUCACAAAAUCCAUAAAUAAACCAAACACAAACAACUUGUUUCCUAGAGUUUCAUUUCUCGCUGAACAGUACAGAGAGCUGGCCCCAAAUAUUUCCAUUUAAUAAUUGCAUCACUGCUCCCCCACCCUAGCCUCUAAUAUGCACGGACAGAAAGAGAAUAGAAUGUGGAAUUGGGUAAAGGGAAUCUGAGUAUUCCCCAGUUACCCCAUUUCUCCCCAUCUUUUCUUAAAGUCCUCCAUUUCCUUUCUACUUUCCAAAAACAUUGUGCGUAUUCUCCUUUAAGGGGCUGGGCAUCUUGCCUGCCCUCUUUAGAGUCACCGAAGUUUCCAAAGAGCCUCCCCUGUCUGGGCAGGACACACCUUUCAAAUAGGACCCCCGGAACUGUGCUCUUCGCAUCCCAAACGCUGUUUCCCCUGGGUCCUCCCUGGCCUCUUUCUCCCCUCCUCUAGGAUUUAGCCUCUCUCCAGAGAGAGUGAGCAUCUUUGAGGACUCCCACCCUUAACUGCUCCACUCCCGGAUGGAGCCAGGGAAAUGUGGUGGGGGGGCCGGGGCCAGAGUUUCAACAUUGCCCCCCAGAAGGAGCAGCCAGAGAUGGGGCUCUCUGGACCAAAGUCUGACACAGGCAACAGGAUGCCGGAGCCCAGCAGUCAUCAGGUUGGCGGUUGCCUGGCCUCUUGUUGCCUCCCAGGGGAGAAGGUCCUAGCAUGGGCACCAGGGCUGAGGAAAGGGCGAGAACUGGAACUACCUGGGACUCUGAUCUGCACUAACUUUAGGGUCACCUUCCAACCUUGUGGAUGGCAGCCGAAUCAGGACACUCCCCUGAGCAGUGAAUAUGAUUUUGCUUUGCUCAACAUUGGGCGAUUAGAGGCCGUGAGUGGCCUGUCAAGAGUGCAGCUCCUCCGUCCAGGGUCCCAGCUUAAGUUCAUCCCAGAGGAGAUCCUUAUUCAUGGCCGAGACUUCCGCCUACUUAGAGUUGGUUUUGAGUCCAGAGGGCUAGAGUCUCAGGCCUUUCAGGUAACCAUGGCCAUCGUUCAAGCCAGAGCUCAGAGUAGUCAAACCCAGCAGUAUAGAGGAAUAACCCUGAGCAAAGCUGGCAAAGUUUCUGGCUCCAGAAAACCACCUAUUCCUCUCUUGGAGACUUUAGAAGACUGGGAAGCUGAGCGGAAGAAGCAGGGGGCCAGUGGCUGGAGGGUUAGCACAGUCAAUGAGAGAUUCGACAUAGCUACCAGCCUCUCAGGUUACUUCUGUGUCCCUAAGCGAAUUCUGGACAGUGAGGUCAGAAGAGCGUUUGCCCACUUCCAUCAGGGCCGUGGACCGCGCCUGUCCUGGCACCACCCUGGCGGCAGUGACCUUCUCCGAUGUGGAGACUUCUAUGUAGCCAGUGACCCUAACAAAGACGAUGUCAGAGCAGUGGAGUCCAUGCUACAGGCGGGGCACUCUGAUGUUGUCUUGGUAGAUGCUAUGGAUGACAUGCCUAGUCUUGCUGACACCCAACUUGCCCACUUGAAGCUGAGGGCCCUUUGCCUGCCUGAUUCAUCUGUAGCUGAAGAUAAGUGGCUCUCAGCCUUGGAAGGAACACGAUGGUUGGACUAUGUCAGGUCUUGUCUUCGAAAGGCUAGUGACAUCUCAGUAUUAGUGACAUCCAGGGUCCGUUCUGUAGUACUUCAAGAGCAUGGUGAUCGUGAUUUCAAUGGCCUCCUCUCUUCACUCGUCCAGCUGCUUUUGGCCCCUGAAGCCCGGACACUGUUUGGUUUCCAGUCACUAGUGCAACGGGAGUGGGUGGCAGCUGGACACCCCUUCCUGACCAGGCUUGGGGAGACUGGGGCCGGUGAGGAGGCCCCAGUGUUUCCUCUCUUCCUUGACUGUGUCUGGCAGCUCCUCCAGCAGUUUCCAGCUGAAUUUGAAUUCUCUGAGUUUUUCCUUCUUGCUCUGCACGACAGUAUCCGGGUUCCUGACACCCUUACUUUCCUGAGAAACACUCCCUGGGAACGUGGGAAGAAGAGUGGGCAGUUCAACUCCUAUACACAAGUUUACACCCCUGAGUACGGCCAGUCCUUAGCUGGGAGCUCUGUUAAUCUACAGCUGUCUGUCUGGGACUGGGAUUUACGCUACAGCAAGGAACAGAUAUCACAGUUCCUUAAUCCUGGCUACAAUCCGGAGCAUCGCCCAGAUUCCUGGCUCCCUAGACAACAGGCAAGCUUCAUGGUUCCUGGGCGCCCCAGUUCUGUGUGGCUGUUCUCUAGAGGGGCCCUGACAGCCCUGAAUCGGCUCUGUCCUUGGCAAGACAGUCCGUCCUUGCUGGCAGUCUCUUCUCACUGGCUCCCUCGACCUGCUAGAUCCUCUGAAAGCCUAGCUGAUCAGGAAUGGGGGCUCCCGUCACACUGGGGAGCUUGCCCUUUACCUCCUGGGCUACUGCUGCCUGGAUAUCUUGGACCUCAGAUCAGGUUCUGGAGACGAUGCUACCUGAGGGGAAGGCCUGAGGCCCAGAUGGGCUCCUCGGCUCUUACAAUCUCUGGCCUCCAGGAUGAACUCUCUUGUCUUCAGGAACUAUUAAGAAAACUGACACCAAGAAUAUCUCCUGAGGAUCACUGCAAGAAGAGAGAUCCAAAUACCAUCCUCUCUCAGUCCGUUGAGACUGCUAGCAUUCUCGAAGGCAGGGCAGAGGGAAUGUGGAGGGAGUUCUGCUCAUGUUUCUUUGUAUCUGACCUCAGUGUUUCAAGCUUUCACAUUCCAGCCCAUAAAGGAGCUCACUCCGUGAGUGAGUUUCUGUAGCAGACAUGGAGCUACCAACCUCCAGCUAUUUUUGUUUCUCUGGAAUAAGAAACAAAACCACUUCAGAACGUUUCCUUUUUUUCUCUGGCAAUUCCAUGCCGUUUAGAUGACAAACUGUCAAAACUGUGAGAUCAGAGACACUUCAUCAGUUCCAACAAGAUGCCCCAGAGACUUCAUUCUCAACCCCUCACACUGCUUUGAAAUCCAGUUUCUUAGUCUUCUGUGGGAAUGAGGGAAAUAAGGGAGACACCCUGUCCUCCCACUGUAUAUUUUUGUAGUGGUAUUUCUAUUUAAGGACUUCAUUAAAGCACAGUAUUUCUACACA